GUUGCCAAAUAGUGUCUUUAAAUCAAUUAUAGAUGGCGUCAAAGUCAACACUAAACGUGUAAUGUAAAUGUUGUAAUUUUACGAUAAACAAAUAACCCAGUUUAAUAUAAUCGUUAAAAAAAUGAUAUUAACUAGUUACGUUUCACGAGAUUCACAUUGAUAUAUUUUUAUUGGAAUUUUUGAUAGUACAGUGUAGAGGUUAGUUGUACCAGGUGUGAUUCUAUUAAAUAUACCUUAAAAAGCCAUCGUUAUGUCGUCGUCGGCGAUUUAUAUUUUAGAUGUUAAGGGAAAGGUUUUAAUAUCACGGAACUAUAGAGGUGAUAUAGACCUUGGAGUGAUCGAGAAGUUUAUGCCCCUAUUAAUGGAAAAAGAAGAGGAAGGUUUGUUAACGCCUAUAUUACAAACAGCAGACUGCACUUUUGCUUAUAUAAAAACGAAUAAUUUGUAUAUUGUAAGCACGACAAAGAAAAAUGCUAACAUAGCACUUGUGUUUGUAUUUUUACAUAAAAUAGUCCAAGUGAUGACUGAGUAUUUUAAAGAAUUAGAGGAAGAAAGUAUCCGCGAUAAUUUCGUCGUUAUUUACGAGUUGUUAGAUGAAUUGCUCGAUUUUGGUUAUCCACAAACGACGGAUAGUAAAAUCCUGCAAGAAUACAUAACCCAAGAAGGCCAUAAACUUGAAAUACAACCCAGGAUACCUUUAGCGGUAACAAACGCCGUUUCUUGGCGAUCUGAGGGUAUCAAAUAUAGAAAAAAUGAAGUAUUUCUUGACGUUAUCGAAUCAGUUAAUUUAUUAGCAAACGCUAACGGCAAUGUUUUACGUAGCGAAAUCGUUGGUGCAAUAAAAAUGCGCGUAUACCUGUCCGGUAUGCCAGAAUUACGAUUAGGACUAAACGAUAAGGUUCUAUUUGAAAGUACCGGUCGUGGUAAAUCAAAAUCCGUCGAACUGGAAGACGUUAAAUUUCAUCAAUGCGUUCGAUUAUCAAGAUUUGAAACCGAUAGGACCAUUUCAUUUAUUCCGCCAGAUGGCGAAUUUGAAUUGAUGUCGUAUCGGUUAAACACUCACGUGAAACCGUUAAUUUGGAUUGAAUCGAUAAUCGAACGUCACGCUCAUAGCAGGGUUGAGUACAUGAUUAAAGCAAAAUCGCAGUUUAAACGACGUUCCACUGCAAAUAACGUCGAAAUCGUUAUUCCGGUUCCCGGUGAUGCAGAUUCACCUAAAUUUAAAACAACAAUUGGGAGUGCAAAGUAUGCUCCAGAACAAAACGCUAUUACUUGGUCGAUUAAAUCAUUUCCAGGCGGUAAAGAGUACUUAAUGAGAGCUCAUUUUGGAUUACCAAGCGUUGAGUGCGAAGAUUCCGAAGGAAAACCACCUAUUCAAGUUAAAUUUGAAAUACCUUAUUUCACCACUUCCGGAAUCCAGGUUCGUUACUUAAAAAUUAUUGAAAAAAGCGGAUACCAAGCAUUACCAUGGGUGAGAUAUAUCACUCAAAAUGGGGACUAUCAACUUCGUACUAAUUAGGGAAAAAACGAGAUCAUAAAGUAUUAUUAUUAUUAUUAUUGCUGGCUGAUUUAAUUUGAUUUUUGAUUUAAACA